AUGGACGGGCCGACACUGGGCGACGCGAGAGGCGUCGGACCCCUCCUCACCUCCACCCUGCUUUCCCUGCUCCUCCUCCUCUGCCUCCACUUCGCCCGCCGUCCCGCUCCCGAUGGCGGCGGCGGCGGCGCCGCGCAGCUCUACGAGGGCCGCGUCCGGCACUCGCGCCGGCGCCCGACGGGGCACGCCUUCGAGUACGCCGUGCGCUACGCCCUCAUCGACCUCGACCUCCUCCCCCUCCCCGGCCACCUCUCCGCCGCCGACACCCGCGUCAUCGCCUCCACUCCGGCCCCGCGUCUCCUGACGGUGCCCAAGAGCGUGGGGUAUGAGCAGAACCCACUGAGCAUCUACUACUGCUACGACGCAGCGGCGCAAGAACAAGAUGAACACCUCAAGAUGUGCAUUGCUGAAGUCACAAAUACUCCCCGUGGGGAGAAGGUGAUGUUUACCUUCCAACCGUGUUCUGAUCUCGUUGCAAAGCCCUUACAUGUUAGCCCGUUCAUGUGGCUCAAGUCAAUCAUGCAAUUGGGGCUGAGGGGAUUAUCAGUACAGAAUGCAAGGAAGUAG